AUCAAAUGCGAUGCACUAACGUCAGAUUUAAGCCAGGCUGAAGCAGAUCGUAUUUAUGCGUCGUUGAAUGAAACAAAUCCCAGCAUUACGCUUCUAUAUGUCACACCUGAAAAGAUUGCUGCUUCAGACAAACUGAAUAAUACGUUUGUGUCGUUGCAUCGUCGAGGUUUGUUAACGAGAUUCGUUAUUGAUGAAGCACACUGCAUAUCACAGUGGGGACAUGACUUCCGACCCGAUUACACCAAACUGCACUCACUGAGGAAAGUUUACGCGAAUCCUCGAGUUCCGAUAAUGGCGUUGACUGCGACGGCAACUCCAAAAAUUGCAACAGACGCACGCGAUCAUUUAUCAAUUACAAACAGUAAAUUGUAA